GAAAAAUAAAGAAGAGCUGUCCUACAUAAAGGAGGACGGAGAUGCAGUGGUUUGUGAGAGCACUGGAGAGAUCCACUGAGAAUAAGAAUUGCGUACUCAAGACUCAGUCACAUUUUUAAGGUGAAGUGACAGAAUCCAUCUUUGUGAGUCUUAACUGUGAAUCGUCUGUGCCUGUGCAGGAUCAUGGCAUAUUUGGAGAAAUGUUUGCCAGUGCAUCGCUGGCUCACCUUUGUUACUGGUCUGGUGGAGUGUCUAUGUUUCACUGGAGCUGUGUUUGGAUGGGCAUCGCUUGUUUUUGUCCUCAGGGUAGAGGGAUACUUGAACUGGAUGUGUGUCAACAUCACAGAAAUCAACAUCACAGAUGUCAACAUCACAGAUGUCAAUGUAACGCAGGUCGUAGAUUGUGGUGAACAGGAUGAGUGGUUUUCACUCAUUUUCACCAUUGCUUCUUUCAUACAAAGUUUUCUGACCUUCUCCAAUGGUUUUGUGCUUGACCAGUUUGGCACUACAGUGGCUCGGCUCGGUGGAAUAAUUCUCUACACCACGGGUACUUUGAUGAUAGCCUUCUCAACACCUGCCCUGUAUGUCCUGCUCUACCCGGCUCUUACAUUCAUAGCAGUGGGUGGUUCGAUGUUCCUGAUCACUAACAUGCAGGUUGGGAACUUGUUUCGUUCACGUCGGUCCACUGUCAUCACUCUCUACAGUGGGGCUUAUGGCUCCUCAGCUGUACUCUUCCUCAUAAUCAAGCUGUUGCAUGAGGCUGGCAUCUCCCUCUAUGCCUCCUUCCUCUUCUUAUCCGCCUGCAGUGUCAUUCACCUGCUUAGAACUUUGUUCCUGAUGCCCAGAACCUUAAUUCCUUACCCACUGCCUGAACACUACACAUAUGGGAUAAUCUGUGGUGAAUCAAACAGUGCAAGUGCUGGGCAGACAGAGGGGACCAGUAACAGGAACAACAUUGUGAACCAAGAGAAGAGUUUCCGUGAGUGUUUGCUGUCCAGGUUGUCUUUUGGUGCCAUGGUCUGGUUGUCAGUGAUGCAACUCAGAAAUUACCUGUUUGUUGGCACCCUCAAUCCCAUGCUGCAGAGACUGACUGCUGGAGACCAUUCACUGGUCAGUCACUACACCACUGUGUUUGCUCUCACUCAGCUGUGUGGGGUGCUGUGUUCUCCCUGGAAUGGUUUCAUCAUGGACAGACACAAAGGCAAACCUCGGGCUGCAGGAGAGAGUGAACGUGACGCCGAUCUCCGGGCUUCAGUGCUUUCUCUUUUCUUGACGCCUCUGCUCUGUAUAUUAUUCUCAAUUUGCGCCACCAUCCCCAUCCUGCCUCUUCAGUACUUGAGCUUCGUCCUACAGGUGAUCAACCGCUCCUUUCUCUACAGUGGCCAGGCAGCCUUCAUCAGUAUGGCUUUCCCAUCAUGCCACUUUGGGAAGUUGUACGGCUUGCUUCAGGCUGUGGCUGCACUGUUUUCUCUGCUGCAAUAUCCCUGCUUUAUCCUUGUGGAAAAUGUCCUUGAUGGAGACCCUUUAUAUGUGAACAUUGCCCUGACACUGCUCACCUUACUCGCGUUCAUCCAUCCAUUCUCUGUCUACCUGCAUUGUCGUAGUCUUGCUUCACAAAAAACCAACCAACCAACAAAUUCCCAUUUGUGAAACGAAACAAAAUGUUUUUAAAAAUCCAGUAUCAAGGGCUUGCGCUGAAUCGCAUAGUUGUUUGGGGGGGGGGGGCAUAAAACAGCAUGUAUUGCCUUUCAGUGAUAUUCCAGACUGGAAGUACUCCGGUGAUAAAAAUAAUUGCACAUCAGUGCUUCCAAACAACUGUGUCCUUCUC